GACUUGUCACCAUGUUCUCCAGGUGCAUGAGAAGGAAAUAGAAUCACCCAUAGGGGAAUUCUCAAGGUAUUUCUGGCAGUCUGAAACUCUCACUGAGUAAUUAUCAGGAUGUGCCCUAACAUAAAUACUGUUAUACUAAAGGAGACAUGAAUCUUUUCUGAUCAGCUCUUGGCAUCCUUAUGAUUCUGGGAAUAUUUUAAAGCUCUGUACUCCUGCUGAGUGGUUGUGAUUUGUGAAUGACCUGUUUCUGCUCUGGGGACAGCUGGACUGAGAAAUCAACUGGGAGUUACAGUGAGCUCAUUUGCUUCCAGUCCUGGCUCACCAACAACGAAUGGGCAAAGGCUGCCAUCUUCAGUCAAAACCUCCUUACAGCAGUGGACGGGAGAAAUUCAGAGAAGAGCUUGCACCACAGGAAGAUGUGAGAUAGAGCAGGGACCAGGUGGAAGAUGUGUUAAGGAAGCACUAGAUGUGGAGCAGAAGUUGCACUGACUGGUGUCGCAUCCCUUUGUCACCUGGGUGAAUUCCUGUCCCCAGACUACAGUCCUGCAGGGCAGAGGUGUCUGGUGGCCACAUAAAAGGAAACAAAGUUCAGUCUACUGGAUAAGAGUCUUCUCUACGCAGGUAGAAAUGAUGCUAUCAGCUCAAACAUCUAUGGGGUGUGUACUGGUGAUACUGGUGUUUCUUCUGAAUGUUGGUGCUCUCAUCAUUUAUUUUGUCAAUCUUGCUGAAGCAGAGGAAUUCAAGAUCUCCUUUCCAGACAGCAUCCUUUAUGUAGAUACAGGCUUCAAUGCUUUCUUCCUCCUUUACUUUGGAUUACGGUUUGUGGCAGCAGAUGACAAGAUGAGGUUCUGGCUUGAGCUGAAUUCUCUUGUGGAUUUCUUCACGAUCCCUCCAGUUUUUGUUUCCUAUUAUUUAAAGAGGAAUUGGCUUGGUUUGCGUUUUUUGAGAGCACUUAGGUUGUUAGAACUUCCGCGAAUACUGCAGUUCCUCAGGAUCACAAAGAACAAUUAUUCAAUCAAGCUCUCCAAGCUCUUUGCUAUAUUUAUCAGCACCUGGCUCACAGCUGCAGGAUUUAUUCACCUGGUGGAAAACAAUGGAGAUCCUUGGGUUCAGCCUGCAAAUUCCCAGUCCCUCAGCUAUUUCAAAUGCAUGUACCUAGUAAUGAUGACUAUGUCCACUGUUGGUUAUGGUGAUGUUGUGGUUCAAACAACGUUGGGUCGAACCUUCAUUAUUUUCUUCAUUAUUGGUGGUUUGGUAUUAUUUGCAAACUUUAUCCCUGAAGUUGUGGAAAUUGUUGAAAGCCAUAAAAAUUACAAAUCCUCCUAUGAAGUGGUGAGUGGGAAAAACUAUAUUGUUGUCUGUGGUAAUAUCACUCUGGAGAGUGUCACUACAUUCCUACGAGACUUUUUGCUUCAGGACAAGGGAAACGUUUGCACAGAAAUCCUUUUUCUGGGAGAGUCUCUUCCUAGUCUGGAGCUGGAAGCUGUGUUCAAAUGCUAUUCAGCCUACACUACUUUCUUUUAUGGCUCUGCACUAAACUCUGAAGAUCUGAAGAGAGUUGGGAUGGAAUCUGCGAAUGCUUGUCUCAUUCUAGCAGAUGUUCACUCUCCACAACCUUAUACUGAAGAUACUUCCAAUAUCAUGAGAGUGCUGUCUAUCAAGAAUCACUACCCGAACACGAGAGUAAUUUUACAGAUAAUUCAGUCUUGUAACAAGGUAUACCUGCCAAACAUUCCCAACUGGGACUGGAGGAUGGGAGACAGCAUCAUCUGUUUCGCUGAACUGAAGCUAGGCUUCGUAGCACAAAGCUGCCUUGUUCCUGGUUUGUCUACUCUCCUAACCCAUUUGUUCAUUAUGAAAGAGGAUACUGAGACAAAGAGAAAAUAUUUGAAGGACAAAAUGCUUCUGGAAGACAAAGACUACAAAGUAAUGACUUCUCAGCUCUCCAAUGAUUUUGCAGACAUGACUUUUAUAGAGGUUUGUCGGUUGUGCUUUGUAAAACUGAACCUUGUCCUCUUGGGAAUUGAACUCAAAUUUGGCAGUCAAGGGGAGAGUGCUAUCCUGAUCAAUCCAUCUGCGCAGAUAAAGCUUCAUCGGAAUACGAUGGGCUUUUUUAUUGCUCAUUCCCUGGCAGAAGUCAAAAGGGCACAGUUCUAUUGUAAAGCCUGUCACAGUGAUAUACAGGAUCCACAGCAGAUUAAAAAAUGUCAGUGUAAAAGCAGACUCUACUCAAAACCUUUCUCAGAGAAACUGAAAUUCUAUAGAGAACCACAUGUUUCAGAUGGAGAGCCUGCAAAGUCAAGGUCCCUUGGUGUUCUUCCACCUCGGAGUUUUGUUAAUGGGUCUUUUGACAUCCAAGGAGAGGAGAACAGCAGAGUCAUCCUAGAUUCAACAGGAAUGUUCCACUGGUGUGAUGCUGUUCCACUGCAGGAGGCUCUUCUGAGUCGCAAGGACCAAGCAGCACCGAACCUACAGGAUCACAUUUUGGUCUGCGUCUUUGGCGAUGCAAACUCACCACUGAUUGGGCUGCAGGACUUCGUGAUGCCCUUAAGAGCUAGUAACUUCAUUUACCAUGAGUUGAAAGACAUUGUUUUUCUCGGGUCUUUGGAAUAUCUGCAAAGAGAAUGGAAAUUUAUUCAGAACUUCCCAAAGCUGUGGUUAUUCUCAGGUAGUGCUCUCUCCUGUGCAGAUCUGAGGGCAGUUAAUGUCCAGGAUUGUGCUGCAUGCGCCAUUCUGUCUUCCAACACCACUGCUUCAAGCAAUCCUUCCCUGGUGGACACAGAAAGCAUCCUAGCCACUCUGAACAUCCAAUCCAUGCAGGAUGCUGUUUUCAGAGCAAGAGCGUUGGGGAAUCAAUCACAGCCAUGUUAUAAAAGGAUCCCCAUCACUACCGAGCUGAAGUCUUCACCAAAUGCCCAGUUCAUUAAUCAGGCUCCCAGCGGCAAUUCUGAGAUUCCAGAGCAAGAUCAGCUUUUCACCACUGGUGCCCCCGCAGGAGCUAUCUUCUCAGAUAGCUUCUUAAAUUCUCUUUUGUCUAUGACGUACUACAACCAUCACAUCUUGGCUCUGCUGCAGACUUUGGUGACAAGUGGGACAAGCCCAGCAUUGGGGGAACAGCUGCUGGAAGAGGGCAGCAGACUGUGUAGAAGUCCUGACAACAUGAUCCACAAUGCCUCCCAAGUCAGAUGCAAACUGGCACUCCUGCCACUGUCCAAGAAGUUCUUAACGGGUGUCACGCAGGACAACUCCUUUGGAGACAUUUACUGCAGAGCUUUAGACUUGUUUGGGAUACUCUGCUUUGGGCUCUACCGCCUGAUGGACGAGCCCAAUCCAUACAAGAAUAGAUUUGUGAUUGCUCGGCCUGCCAGUGAUUUGAAGAUGCUGUCUACAGAUCUGCUGUUCUGUGUUGUUCCAUUCAACAUUGCAACAACUGAUGACCUGUGAUGUGGGAUGGAAGUCACUUACCAAGUAAGAAAACAGGUGGUACAGACAUCUUCAUGCCAGAGUUAUGAGAGAUUGUGAAAUGCCCUGCAAAUAAAAAAAAAGUACAAGCUAUU